AAUCUCAAUCGAGGCCAAAAUGUUUUCAAAAUUCCAAAAAGCAUCCGAUAAGGUGACGAUAUUUUUGCAAAUCAAAGACUGUUGCUCCAUGUUUCUGAGGCACCUAAGCAUGACCAAGAAGACCUCCAAAGUCCAGGCUCUCUACGACCUCUGCAGCAAGACCUUCACGCCCUCACCGACACCACUUCCCCCUUCUCAAGCUGUCCAUAGGCUCUCUUCUCUUCUGGACACAAUAGGACCAGCUGAUCUUGGGCUUAAAGAGGAACAGUCAGAUGAUGAUCGAGGACAUGGAAUUUUCGGACUUAGCCAGCUAAACAGGGUAGCACGAUGGGCACAACCAAUAACUUAUCUGGAUAUUUAUGAGUGCAAUGAUUUUACGAUGUGUGUAUUUUGCUUUCCUACUUCCGCAGUUAUUCCACUACAUGACCAUCCAGGGAUGACCGUUUUUAGCAAAGUUCUCUAUGGCUCUUUGCAUGUGAAAGCUUAUGAUUGGGUUGAGCCUGCCCAAAUCCAGGAAAGCAAGGGACCAAGUUCCUUUCCAGUUAGAUUGGCAAAGUUGGCAGUUGAUAAAGUUUUAGCAGCACCAUGUGAAACAACUGUUCUGUACCCAAUGAGUGGGGGUAAUUUGCAUUGUUUUACGGCACUCACCCCUUGUGCUGUGCUUGACAUCCUCUCACCUCCCUACAGAGAGGCAGCAGGCAGAAAAUGUUCUUACUACCAUGACUACCCAUACUCAACCUUCUCAGCAAGAAAUGGAGCUGGUAUAAUUAAUGGAAAAGAAGAGGACUAUGCAUGGCUUGCAGAGAUAGAAACACCAGAUGAUCUCUAUAUGCGCCAGGGAAAAUAUGCUGGCCCAGCUAUUCAGGCAUAGCCCUUACCGCAUCCAGUUGGUAGGUAGCCCAAGUUUCUCAUUGCUUUCAGUUCAAGUUUUGGACUGCAGCAAAUGUUAUUGCCAUGGUUACUGCCAGUCUUACAAAAGAGGCACUAAAAUGCUGAUGAAGCGUGCUUUAUAGAUGAUUCUCCCCUAUAUUUUCAUGAAGAAAUUUACUUGAGAUGUAGAAUUUUGUUCAUAGAACCGUAACAUGAAUUGAAUGAGUAAUCUCUAAGCUAGUAUGUCAUUUUUUGCAAGGGUUUUA